AUGAUUAGUAACAUGAAGGUCGACACCCUGUAUUGUGUCUCAGUGAACUUGUUUCAUCAUGGGGAAAAAGUGAGAUCCAAGUUGGAAUCUCUUCUCAUCAAGAACAUGGCUCACAUUGAAGAUAUCCCCCUGACUGGCAAGUUGUCUCCAAAUGAGGACCUAGAAAAGGCAGAAAAGCUGCAUGAGGGCUUCCUCCAAGGACCAGAGUCUCUUGCCUGGAGGGGAGAUGAGCUCUAUACUGGAAUUCAGACUGGCCUUAUUGUCAAGAUUAAAGACAGGAUGAUUCACAAUGUGACACGCAUGGGAAACACAUGUGAUGGGGACUGGGACACAAGGUGUGGGAGACCCUUGGGAAUGCGUUUCAUCAAGGAUGGCAGCCUCAUUGUUGCUGAUGCUUAUCUAGGCAUCUUUCGUAUCAAUGUUGACACCGGUACCAUAGAGCAUAGGGAAAAAACAAGGCUGGUGUCAGUGGAGGAGGAGCAUGCUGGCAAGAAACCACAUUUCCUGGAUGAUGUGGCAAUUGCAUCAGAUGGAAACAUAUUCUUUACAGAUGCCAGCAGCAUCAGCACCCUGGAUACCUUGGUUUUUGAGGUUGCCAGCAGUGGAAGUGGAAGGGUGCUGAAGUAUGAUCCAAACACGAAAAAGGUGGAGGCAGUAGUGGAGGAACUCCAUUUUCCCAAUGGCGUCGAGUUAUCCCCAGAUGAAUCCCACCUAUUAAUUGCAGAAAGUGUUCGUCGCCGCAUUCUUUGCUAUCACCUCAAGGGUCCCAAAAGGGGAAAAAUGGAUGUGUUUGCCACCCUUCCUGGAUCUCCAGAUAACAUACGCUCCAAUGGCCGAGGUGGAUAUUACAUUGGCAUUGCCAUGAUGCCUCAUCCAAACAAGGCAUCUCCAGACAUCAUAGAUAUACUGUCUUCCUACCCAAAAUCUCGACGGUUCAUUGCACGGAUCCUGUAUCUCAUCCACUUACCAUUCUCCUAUGGCAACAUCCUCUUCCCAAAUCCCAUAUUGGGCACUAUUGCCACCACGGUUGCAAACCUGGCUGUAUUGGAGAAGAUGAAUCCAGCACCUUAUGGACUGGCCUUGGAGCUGGACAGGGAUGGGAAUGUGGUUCGGAGCUUCCAUUCCCCAUCAGGAGACUUGCACAGCAUUAAUAAGGUGACCGAGGAGCCUUGGAAGUUGGGCCGCGCCUCCCAAACGAUCGGUCAGGGGAGUGACGAUUUGAGAGCUGUCGCACGUUGA